GUCCGAUUUCUUGUUGAAUCGUCUAGCUCACUGCGGCUUGAAGCUCAUGGCGUCACAAGACUGGCGGCCGCUCGAAGCCAAGAAGGCGCCUUGGGAUGCAAGAAGGCCUCCGCACGAGCUGGCUGUCGUCCCUGAGCCCGAGGUGGAUCAGGAGCAGGAGUGGGAGUACAUCAUGCAGCUCUACGAAGAAAGCCGAAAGGCUCAGAUCUUCGAGGAGGAUAAGGAGGCGCAGCCCUACGAGGUGGACUGGCUGCCCUUGCAGGGCCCGCUGCCCAGCGAGGCGCCGAGCCUGGAGGAGCUGCAGAAGGAGCUGAGGCCCCUGGCCGAAGCCAAGAUGCCCGCCUUUGCCAAGGUGAAGUACGGUGACAGGACCUACGAGUGCCUGGUGGGCGAGCACACUUAUGCAAAACAGGACAAGACUGUGAAUGUCUACCCCGUCCUAAACGUGCAGCAGGAGAUGGUGGUGCCCUUCGAUGAUUGCAGCUUCUACCACAGGCAUCAGCAGACCAGCAGCAGAUGAUGCGCGAGACAAGA